AUGCCUGUACACCUCGCGCUGCAUGCAGACCCAAACAGCGUCGGCUCUGUCCUUUUCAAAAGAAAUAAACUUGUGGGGCCCCACAAAGUCCAACAAGCCACCUCGCAGCAGCAGCAGCAGCAGCAACAGCAACAGCAGCGACAGCAACAGCAGCAGCAGCAAGAGGGGUUUGUUGAGCUGCCGGCGUCGCUGCUGGUGUGGAGCGUCGGAUUUGAAGUGGAAGCACUUAAAAGACUAGUCUCUGUGCCCGGCUCAGCAGCAGCAGCAGCAGACACAGCAGCAGCAGCAGCAGCAGCAGCAGCAGGCACAGGAGCAGCAGCAGCUGGCAGCCUCUCGCUGCUGCGCACCGACGCCCAGGGUCUGCUGCUGCACACAAACGGCCGCGUGUUGCCCCCCCAGCAGUUAGCAGCACCCCCAGCAGCAGCAGCAGCUCCAGCAGCAGCAGCAGCAGCAGCAGCAGCAGCAAGACUGGGUGGGGUUUACGUCAGCGGGUGGUUUAAACAUGGCCCCAGAGGCACUAUUGCUGAAGCUCUAAUUGACGCCAAACAAACGGCGCAGCAAAUAGCAGCAGACCUCAACUGCCUGCAGCAGCAGCAGCAGCAGCAGCAGCAGCAACAGCAGCAGCAGGUGGGGCUGGGGGCUUUGGACAGUUUGUUGCAUGCGCGGGGCGUGUCUUUUGUGUCUCUUGAGGGUUUUUUGGAAAUUAAAAAAGAAGAAGCAAAAAGAGGAAAGGAAGAAAAAAGAGCAGCAAGCAAAAUACAAACCCUAGAAGAGAUGAUUGCCAUCGCCAGACGUGCCAAACCCUAA